AUGAAUUUAGAAACAAACUAUUAUAAUAGUACGUUUUUGUACUUUAUAAUAUGCUUGGUGGGAGUUUUAUUUCCCUUAGUAUCAUUAUUCAAGUACAAUUCAUCUUUAUCUAUUGAGGAAUUGCAACGAAUGAAAUCAUUUAUUAUCGAUGAUCUUGCGAUAACUAUUCCUAUAUCUGUACGCUUUGGCGAUAAAGGAUUCAAUUUUCCAGAUUUAGUAGAUGCAACUCAAGUGGAAUUGGAUUAUGAAUUACGCAAGACUGUGAAUAAUAGCUGGCGUUUCAAAUUGAUUAAUGAGCUUGCAAGCAAUUGGACAUCCUCUAAUGAUGGACAAUAUAUUCUAGAAUUAACUCAUUCCGACGACAAUUUUGUAAUAGUUGAGCCUAAUAUGUGCAAAGCUCAGGUACAUUAUUCCCAAGGAUCAGUUCAUGCCAACGAUUUGCCAUUUUUUAUGACUCAAGCUACGUUAGAACAUUUGAUGUCAGCUGAAAUUGAAUUGCUAGGACUUCUAAAGUCUCCUGAAAAAGCAUUAGACAUUCCGUUCAUCGAUGCAAGAAUUAUCAUAAUUGGCCUGAAAAGUAGGCAUUAUGCAGAUAUAUUCGAAGAGAAUCUUAUGCCGCUCAAUUCUUUCGCGACAGAAGUACUGGGUCUUUCGAAUGUAACAGUAACGGUGACGGCCUUAGAAUCUUUAACUGAAGAUGAUAAUAUACUUAACUCAUCCAGUUCCCUUUAUUAUCUUUACUCCGAUAUCCACAAUGAAGCCUUUAUUUCUAACGAAACGAAUUUCCCAAAUCGCAUCUCAUAUAUAUACAAUGAUUCAGUAACAAGCGACGAUGCUACUUACUUUAUAUCAAAGGUUACUGAUGAUUUAAAAGGUUCUAUUGGAUUACCAAAAAACCCCACUAAUAAUUUAGCUAUAAGGGUUCACGCAAUGAAACGUUAUCUCACAUUGAAAGGACUAAUUGAAUCAAUAGAUCAUUUAACAACUGCAACAAUAGGAGAUAAUAAUAAUUCCUCCGGACAAAUAGAAAAACUCGUAAGCAAUUUAAAUCCGAUUAUCGAUUGUUUACAUAAAAAUGAAUCCAAACACGAUUGGAACAAUCUACUCGCUUGGAGUAGAUAUUUCAAAGAAACUUCAUCUCAGCUCCUUCAAGACUCGCAUCUACUUAUUUAA